UACAAUUGGAUAGUGUAAUGAUCGGAUAUGCCCUGUACAUUUCCGGAGGAUUUCAUUGGCCGCCAGCUCUACGAUUACUUUGUAGCAGCGGAUUUCAGCUGGUGCCCGGUACGGUAUAGUAUAGCGCAUCUACGAAUUUACGUUUCUGUGUUUGCGUUGCUGUCAAUCUCAGCAGGCUAUAAUCCUGGAUGAUCUGAAACUACGGUACUGUCAUUUAGUUUUGUGAGUUUUUUUUAAUAUUGCGUUUGUAUACGCAUUGGACCGUAUGGAGGGAUGUCGCGAUGAUGGUCUGCUCUAGGAGAACCAAAACUUUGGUGUCGACAUGCGUAAUUUUGAGUGGCAUGACCAAUAUUGUCUGUCUUCUCUACGUCGGCUGGAUCACUAAUUAUGUGGCCAAUGUGAACACCAAAGUAUCAGAGACAGAACCGGAGAGAAAGUUUGAAGAUGACAACAAGGGAGAAACUCUGAAGAUUAUAGAGAGACUGGACCGACUGGAAAAUGUGGUCAACCAACACAUCCAAGAGGUGCCCCAGAAGGGUAGUGAUGAAAAAGUGGAGUCCCUCUCCGACUCCUCCCUGUUUGUCCGCUGGGGUCAUGACCUUGGUCCUGAGAGUCGCCGUGUGGCGCUGAAGAAGUUCCAGUACUACGGCUACAACGGUUACCUCAGUGACCGCCUCUCUCUGGCCAGACCCAUCCCCGACCUCAGACCCGAUGGGUGCAGAAACAUGUCGUACCCCACCAAUCUCCCACAAGUAAGUAUCAUAUUUAUCUUUGUGAAUGAGGCCCUGUCGGUCAUCCUGCGCUCCAUCCACACAGCCAUGAACAGGACUCCCUCCCACCUCCUCAAGGAGAUCAUCCUGGUCGACGACAACAGCAACAAUGCUGAGCUGAAGGAGAACCUGCAGAACUUUGUGAAGGAAACCAACUCCCAGCGGCCAGACUUCAUCAAGGUGGUCCGCCACGACAAGCAGGAGGGGCUGAUCCGCUCCCGGGUCAGUGGGUGGAGGGCCGCCAGCGCCCCCGUCGUGGCCCUGUUCGAUGCCCACGUGGAGUUCAACAUUGGAUGGGCCGAGCCCAUUCUUCUCAGGAUCAAGGAAGACAGAACGCGCAUCGUCUCGCCGUCGUUUGACAACAUCAAGUAUGAUACGUUUGAGAUCGAGGAGUAUCCGCUGUCUGCUCAGGGCUUCGACUGGGAGCUGUGGUGUCGCUACCUGAACCCGCCCAAAGCCUGGUGGACCCAGUACAACCACACCGCCCCUAUCAGGAGCCCAGCUAUUAUUGGCUGUUUUGUGGUGGACAGGAAGUACUUUGAGGAGAUUGGCCUAUUGGAUGAGGGAAUGGAGGUCUAUGGUGGAGAAAAUGUGGAGCUUGGCAUCAGGGUAUGGCAGUGUGGGGGCAGUGUGGAGGUCCUACCCUGUUCUCGGAUAGCCCAUAUCGAGCGUGCUCACAAGCCCUACACUCAAGAUCUGACUGCUCAUGUGCGGCGGAAUGCGCUGAGGGUGGCCGAGGUGUGGAUGGACGAAUACAAGAACCACGUUUACAUGGCCUGGAACAUUCCUCCACAGGACUCAGGGAUUGACAUAGGGGACCUCACGGAGAGGAAGGCUUUGAGGAACAGACUGCAGUGUAAAUCUUUCAGGUGGUUCUUGGCCAACAUCUACUCUGAGAUGAGAACCUACAGUGACACUGUUGCUUAUGGAGUGGUAAAGAACAUGCUGAGGAAUGACCUGUGUCUAGAUCAGGGGCCUGACUCGGACAACAUCCCCAUCCUGUACCUCUGUCAUGGGAUGACACCACAGAACGUGUACUACACAAACUCACAUCAGCUUCACCUGGGGGUCCUGAGCCCCACCAUCGAUGACGAUGACAACAAGUGCCUGGUGGAUGUGAAUAACCGGCCGCGGCUCCUGGAGUGCAGCUACGCCACAGCCAAGCGCAUGAAGCUCGCCUGGCUGUUUACUCAGGGACUGAGGAGUUUGGCACAUGCAAACGCCAGGGUUGUGAGUUCGAUUCCCACGGAGGGCCAGUACGAAGAAGGAGGCUCCAUAGAAAACAUGAAUUCCAAACGUUGCCUGGAGCUGGUAGAGAACGGCGAAACGGAGUUUGGCUACCAGCUGGCCAUACAGAAGUGCUCUGGUCAGAAAUGGACAAUCACCAACCUACUGUCAACCUACACUCUCCAAUGAGGGGAUCCUGAGUCCUGCAGGGGAAAGAGCUGCCCAUGGUGAACACUGGACCUGUGACUGACAGACAUAGAAGCUUUGCUUCUUUAAAAAUCUAUUUAUUGAGGCAAUAAUUGAAUUAUGAGUAUGCUGACACUUUUAGUACCUUGAUGUCUCUUAGACUCAAAGACAUCAUUUGAUAAAUGUAAACAAUGUCCUUUGUUAAUAUAUGGGAUUGAACUGGCAGACUUGGGUCUAUAGUGAGACUUACAUGUUUCAAUGUAUUUUGAGCAGAUUGUCUUUUGUCCCACUGAAUUCAGGCUUGCGUUGGCUCUAAUAUACAUUGUAAUUUAUGCUACUGUGUAGCAUGUUUUUGAAAAACCUUUGUUAUUCUUGUUUGGUUUGUUUCUCAGGUUUGUAGAUUGAAUGUUAUUAUGAAAUCAAGUCGGUGGUUUCAAAGAACUGUUGCCAAUAUGUUGGGAGAAUAUACAAGCUAUUUUAUAAGUGUAUACUGGAUAUUUAUAAAAACCUACAGUAAAAAUGCUGAUGACAAUUCA